GACGCGUUCGUUCAGCGUUCGUUUGGUCGAUUUUUGUGGUGGUGUGGUCGGCUCGAUCUCGUUCUUACACUCGCUUGGUGUACCCGUGUCACGAAGCACCGAUGGGCUAUCGACUGGAAAUCAUCCAUAUUCUGCUGUGCGUGGCGUUCGAAGUGUUCACCUACUGUGUGCUGUGCUUCAACCUGAUCCGCCACUACAUCCAGCAGGGCCAGAUACAGCACCAGCUUCAGCAGCAGCUUCACCAUCAGCUUCAGCUUAACGGCAACUGACCGUGAUGGUGAUCCAUCAUAAUCCCCUACUAUCGUACCGCAAACCGAGGAGAAGAAGACGUGAAAAAGUUUAACGUAAGAAGGAAGGAAGACGUUCGGCCAAAGGAAAAUGUGAAACGCGGGUGUCGAGUGUGGAAAACGAAACCGAACCGACGACGACGUGUGAGUGGGAACGGAAGAAAAUGAAAACGUUGUGAAACGGAAAAGUUUAAUCGAAACCAUAGCAAGUGAGUAAGUGUUACUGCGGAAAGGAUUGCGAGUCGCCGUAUGUGUGGCCGGCGCGAAGAUGAUGAAAAGAAACUACGAUGUGCAGCACGUGGCUGCGGCCACCAUGGCCAGCGGCAAGCAGCACGGCAAAUCGUCGUCCAAUCUGUUCGACAAGCUGACCAAGCGCUACUCGGGCGUGAUCGGUACGCGCUUCCUGCGGAAAACGCCCGGCCGGAAGGGUGGCGUGGCGGAACCGCUGUCCGAUAGCUACGACAUGUGCGGGAACCGGUCGGAUGACUUCCGGCCCGAGAUCGGUGCACCGGUCCUUAUCUCCAAGACGAUGAAGUUCGACUUCGAUACGGACUCGUCGGUGGAACAGCUGCCGCUACCGCACGUGCCGUCGAUCGAGCAUCGGGCUCGGUCGGUAGCGACACCGUCCACCUCGGAAGACAGUGAGAACGAUGUGUUUGUGGACGCGAACAGCUCGCUGCCGAACUUUGGUGAGAUCAAGUUUACGUUCCUGCCGGAAAGCAACAACAACUGCCGCAGCUUUCAGGACGAGAACGUUCGACAGAGUGCCGGUGGUGGUGGCGGAAUGCUGGAGAAGAGUCGUUCUAAGUCAGCACACAACCUGCACCUCCACCAUCAUCACCACAGCCAGCGGGCCGAGAUGCGGCUAUCGCUUGCGAAAGCACCAUCGUUGAACAUGUCCGCCAGCAGUCCGGCCAACGGGGGUGGUGCCAUCACGCUGUCCGUACCGAACAGUCCGGCGGUGGAGAGUAUCUACGACUUUCCGCGCAGUACCCGGUCGGACGGUAUCCGGAAGCCGCACGGUGAAUCGACGUACGAUUUGACCCGCUCGCAUCACGUCCUGAACGAGAUCAGUCUAUCGCUCGUGAGCGACGAUAGCCAUCUGUACCAAAAUCUGCCCAGUCCUGACGACGCUCGGUACGAUGUGCCCGCGCCGGGAUGUCGCCGCGAUUCGUCCUCCUCGAACAACUCCACGCAGGAGGAGGAGUUUGAUCUGAAGUCGGCCAGCUUCCAGAGUCUGGCCGAUGCUGGACCCGGCGCAAAUCAGCUCGCCGUUUCGAUGGACGAGCUGGACGAGCUGACGCGCCAAAUCAAUCAGUCGACGGUGGGGCUUGGGUCACCGCUUCCGGAUAGUGAUGAGUACUGUGAGCACCGCAAGCAGCUGCACCCAUCCGAGCGUCGGCUGACGCUGAUGAAGAACCGGAGCGUAUCCGGGAAGCAUCUGAUCGACUUCGACCGGCGGAAGGCCAAGAUCACGAAGAAGUGGAGCGGGUUCAAGAGCUGGAUCGGGGAGGAGCAAGGCCGCAUCCGGGAGGUGGUACAGAAACAUGCCGCCAUGCAGCGUGUUGGGCUGGAGUCGGCCGGUGGGACGGGAGGAGGUAGCAAGGUGAAGCGUACCAGCAGCGAUCUUACGGCGAGUGAUCAAGAUUCGCGUCAGGAGGUGGAGGGUACGCUGGUGACGACGCCGGAUUCGAGUGUCGUGCAGCGGGAGCGGACGCUGUCGUCGGAGGACCGGGAAGGUGCGCGGACGAUGCACCGGAAGAGUGCCAACGCAGAGAUACUGGAGGGACAGAAUGGCUUCGAGGAGGUACGGCGCUUCGUCAAGCAGGGCGGUGACUUUGGCAAGGACCUGGUCGCCAUACUGCACGAGCGGACCGAAAUCGAACAGCUGUACGCCAAAUCGCUCUCAAAGAUUGCCAACAAACUGAACAAAGCCUGCCGCGAUCUGCCGGGUACGAUAGCCGACUCGUGGCGAUCCGUAUCGACCGAGCUGGAAGGACGCAGCGAAGUACACCGACAGUUCUCCAACUCGCUCGCGGAGGAAGUGGUGAAACCGCUGAAAGCCGUCAUCGAGAAUCAACACAAGGCCCGCAAGACGAUCGAAACCAACGUGGACAAAUCGGCCCGCAUCCUGGCGGAAUGGCGGACGGCGGAGAUUAAGGCGAAGAAAGGUUCACAUGCCGCGGCCCGGGAGAAUGAAAAGCUGCAGGAUGCCAUGCUCGAUGUGAAACUUCAGCGAACACCCUCGAUCGGCCUGCUGCACAAGACCACCGAAAAGGAGGCGAAAGUGUCGGAAAAGGAUAGCAACAAGCUCGAGGGCAAACGAAAGAAGGCCGAGGAAGCGGUCAAGAAGGCGGACGUAGAGUACUACACGCUCUGCAUCCGGGCCGAGCGGGCCCGUGUCGACUGGGAAAUGUCGGUGCUGCGUGGGUCCUCCAUGCUGCAAACACUCGAAAGCCAACGGUUGGCACAGUUCAAAACGUACGUCACCGAUUACCUGAAGCUGUCGGCCGAGAUGAGCCCGCUGCUGACGAAAACGAUCGACCGGCUCAGCCCGCAGGUUGCCCUGUGCAGCGUGGCCAAAGAUCUGGACGUGCUGAAGAACAUUCGGCGGGCGACGGAAGGACCCAGCGAGCAGCUACUGCCCGAUUUCUACUGUGAACACACCACCCUGGCCAUGAACCGUGAGCGACGAAAGCAGUCGCUCGUGAAGCUGCUGCAGCUGAUCCGCCAAGAUCUGGACCGCGAGCGACGAUCGCGCAACGGGCUGAAGGGCUUCUCGCAGACGCUGGACAAGAACGGUGAAAGCAAUCAGAACAUUGCCGAUAAGCUAUAUCACAUACGAUCGAUGCUCACAUACCUGGAAGGUGCGCGGUACAAGCUACAAUCGGCACUGCUGGAACUCGAUCAUAAGCCCCGUUCCAGCCAUCCUCUAGCACAACACAUACAGAUCACACGCGAUCGCACCGGCCUACAGACAAGCGUGUUAAAGGUUCCUUUGUGGCUAAAGCACGAACAGGACGAUCCGGAGGGUAACCUAGAAUCUGCGACGGGCAACGGUCAAACUACAGUGCUCAGUUCCGAUGAGAGUUCCGAUCAGGGUUGCAUGGACAUCAAGAACGAUACGCUCAUCAAGCACAUUGUGCACAAAUACGCUCGGAACGGGUGCAGCGGAGAUGAAGGACAUUACACGACAGGCAAGGCUGGUAAAUCAGCGCUGGCGGACGAUCAUCACAGUCCAGUCUGGGAUCGAGGCGUAGCCGAUGGAGUCUCCAAUCAACCCGAUUCCGACUUUGAUGAAUUUUCCUCCCAAGACGAAGACGAGGAUCGUUGUUCCGUGGCACCGAAGCAACUGCUGGAAAACGGUCACCAUCCGGCCCUAACCAACGGAGGUCCAGCGAACGUUGACCAUCCGGACGGCGUCGCGAACCACCCGGUAGUCCUAGGCCGCUGCCGUGCACUAUUUAACUACACACCAAAGCUUUACGACGAGCUGGAACUGCAGCCCGGCGACAUACUCGAGGUGCACAUUAAGCAGGAGGACGGUUGGUGGCUCGGUGCGCUCCGUGGCCAGAUUGGCAUCUUUCCGGCAACGUAUGUCGAGGAAAUACCGUAGCCGAGCGGAUUGAUGUGCGCUCCGGCCCGUUUUGUAAAUAGCUCGAGCACACUUUGUACAGCGCGGAGAGCGACGAGACACACGCAUCAUUGAUUUUAACGAAGACACACACACACACACACACACACACACACACAUACAGAUACUGUAAAAUAGGCAAAGAAACAAUAGCUAAGCAUACUAGCGUCGAAUGCAAUCUCUCUUUCUCUGUGUCCCCAUUAGGAAUCUGUGCCGUUUAAGGGGUGCGUCCUCGGGUAGGCGAGUGACAAUGGCUAACUUAAACGCUCGAAUCGCGAACAGGCGAACAAGAGAUGUACAUAGGUGCAUAAGUAGGGAGUACGUGAAUGGUGGUGAUAAGACGAUGUACGCCAAAAAGAAGAGAAAAAAAGAAGCGGAACACCAUCGAACGUCGCACACAGUAAACGGGAAUGUGAAUAAAGUGAGUAAAGUCAGAGUAUUUAAA